AUGGACAUGUUAGUUGACUACGGAUCAAUUAAAAUCUAUGCUUUAGCUACUCUGCAAAAAACCAAGCAAACUUGGAUCGGAGAAGACGACUUCACUAUGCUUCAGCCAGUGUUGAAUAUAUGGAUGUCAGAACCGUGUGAAAUCGCCUUUAGAAUAGUAUUUUCUAAUCCGCUAAACAUCCAAUUUACAAAUUACGUCAAAAGUCCGGAUUCACAGAAACCAAAAACUGUGGAACAUGAGAAUAUUGUCGUCAAGCGUCUUUAUAACGCAUUUAUAUGGAAACAUAAUGCCGCCCAAAACAAUCCAAGAGACAACUCUGUUCAGGAAAGGUACGGCGCAAUAAAACGGAAAGCUCGGCACCAAAUCAGACAAAUAAAGAAUAAAUGGUCGACAGACAAGGCUAAAGAAAUACAAAGAUUUGCCGAUCAGCAUGACCAAAAACAGUUCUUCGAAGCAAUAGCCCAUAAAGAAUGUCUACGAUAUCAAGUAGCAAAAAGUAUCCCCAACCAGAAACAAACACGACAACUUAUUGAAAGAUCAAAGCCAAAUAAGAGGUAG